AUGUCGUCCACAGACGAUCCCUUUAGUUUGCGUGAUAUGUCAUAUGAGGAAUUUACAUCGAGUCAGAUUCCUCUGUACCACGGCCCCACCGUCAACAUCAAAAUCGGAGACUCAGCCUACAAGGUCUCCAAGAUCCUACUAUGCAAACACUCGCCAUAUUUCAGAGCAAUGUUCGAAGGGAGGUUCAUGGAAGCGGAACAGCAGUCAGUCGAACUCCAAGAAAUCGACGGCGUUGUAACCAAUCGAGCUUUCCAACUGCUGCUCCAAUGGAUGUACCUUGGCCAUGUCAUUCCUGCCGACGAGGUCGCGACAAGCUGGAUAACUUUACUGGUUGAAUUUGCCAGGCUGGCAGACUUCCUGAAAAUCAACGAAGUGGAUAUUGCAAUCGCGCGAUUUAUCAAGGACUCAAUCGCUGUCAAUUCGCCCUGGGAGUUCCUGAGACCGCCUCACGCAAAUAUCCACCAUAUCAUACCCGAGCAUAUUCAGGCAGCGAGUCGUCUACCGAGGCGACAUGUGGUACGGAGACUCUUCGCUUCAGCAUCAUUCGACGCGUACAUGCACAGCGUGGAUUUCAAAUUCGCCAACGAAGUUCGAGACAUCCAGGAUUUUGCAGCGGACCUUCUAGACGAGGUGAAGGUAGCUCUUCGAAGUGUCCGGAAUGGCGGCGCCAUGUGCGUCUUUAGGGACCCGUUUGAUGGCAGAGAACGAGAAUUUCGUCCCUAG